GUCACUGCCGGUUUUCCACCGACUCUGCCGCCGGAAAUUCUUCUGUUCAUUAAGUCUGGGUGGCAGGUUCAGUUACGAAUUUCUCUGCUGCAUCUGAAUAUGAGAGGGCGCCAAAGGGAUAAUAUCCACACCCCAUACAAGCGUGCUUCUUCUAGAGAUCGUCUGAAUGCCCAAGACAGAGAAGAUGGUUUAGGAGGGAAUCCAAAUCCUGUGCAGAAUAAUACUGGAAAAGGAUAUGGAAAUCCGCCUUGGAUUCGUUCGUUGCCACAUGUCAUUGUGGCAGCUUUUUCGUCGUUCUUAUUUGGCUAUCACCUUGGGGUGGUGAAUGACACACUUGAAAGCAUUUCUUUGGACCUUAGCUUUCAUGGGGAUACAAUGGCCGAAGGAUUGGUGGUAAGUACAUGUUUAGGAGGUGCUUUUAUUGGAUCUACGGUAAGUGGCUGGAUCGCCGAUGGGAUUGGACGUCGAAGGGCAUUCCAAUUGUGUGCCAUACCACUGAUAAUUGGUGCUUCAAUGAGUGCCACAGCAAAUGGUCUUGGAGGAAUGCUUUUUGGAAGGUUUCUUGUUGGAACCGGGAUGGGCGUUACCCCACCUGUUGCAGCUCUGUACAUUACAGAGGUUUCACCAGCUUUUGUGCGAGGCACUUACGGGAGCUUCACUCAGAUUGCAACAUGUCUUGGACUUAUAGCUUCUUUCUUCAUUGGGAUCCCGGCGAAGGAUGUUCCUCGUUGGUGGCGUGUUUGCUUCUGGGUAUCUACUGUUCCAGCAGCUUUGCUUGCUCUUCUGAUGGAGUUCUGUGCAGAAAGUCCUCAUUGGCUUUUAAAGAGGGGAAGAAGUGCUGAAGCUGAAGCAGAAUUCGGGAAGCUUCUAGGAGGGUUACAUGUCAAAUCUUCGAUGGCAGAAUUCUCCAAGUCAGACAGAGCGGAUGAAGUAGAAUCAGUAAAGCUUUCGGAGUUGUUGUAUGGCCGUCAUUUCAGAGUGGUUUUCAUUGGGUCUGCUCUGCUUGCUUUGCAACAACUAUCUGGCAUAAAUGCUGUUUUCUAUUUCUCUUCAACCGUCUUCAAGAGCGGUGGAGUACCUUCAGAUAUUGCAAACAUGUCCGUUGGAGUAGUGAACUUAUCAGGUUCAAUUGUUGCAAUGGUUUUGAUGGAUAAACUGGGAAGGAAGGGUCUGCUUCUUGGAAGUUUUAUGGGCAUGGCAUUUUCGAUGGCCAUGCAAGCAGUUGCUGGAAGUACCUUUGUAUCAGGCUCUUCAGUGGUGUACCUCUCUGUCGGUGGCGUGCUACUGUUUGUAUUGUCAUUUGCCAUGGGCGUUGGGCCGGUACCUGGGCUCCUCUUGUCAGAAAUAUUCCCAAGCCGAAUUAGAGCAAAAGCAAUGGCAAUCUGCAUGGCUGUACAUUGGGUUAUAAAUUUCUUUGUUGGUUUGCUAUUUUUGCGGUUGCUGGAACAACUUGGGGCCCAAAUUCUGUACACAGUCUUCGCAAGCUUUUGCUUGUUGGGAUUUUUCUUUGUCAAGAACAAUGUGGUGGAAACAAAAGGAAAAACUUUGCAAGAGAUCGAAAUGGCACUUCUUCCAGCUUAGUUAAUGGUGCCAUAUGUUCUUGGGAAUUAGGCUGCGGCUUUAUGCUUUUGAUCUCCUGGACUCUGCUUGUUGAGUUUUGGUGCGAGAUAUGUAUUGGAAGAACGCACUCGAGGAGCUUGGGGUAUAAUGAGCAGGGUAACAUCCUCCCUUUGCCGUAUUGAAAUAUAUCGUCUGUUGGGUUGAGUUUGAUCAACCGUCGCAGGUGAGGCGAUAGGCAAUGUUGCUGUUUAUGUUGAGCUUGUUUUUAACUAAAAGUUUACGAGGGUCAGUCCCGGUGUCAUGAACCACAAUAUAGGUUAUUAUUGAUAUUUCUAUAGCGAUUAAUUAUUGAUUAGGUUAUUUUGAAUUUUGGUCUGUAAAUAACAGGAGAAAGUUCAUGAUAAAACCACACUACUAUAU